UGUAUUCGUUCGUUGACAGCUUUCUAUUGGAUUGGGAAGACUCUGAAUAACAUUGUUUGGUCAUUGCUACUAGUAGUGAAGCAAGCUUGCUGAACAUGGACACAAAAGUCCAUUCUCACGUGACACCCGACCGGCAGCAGAUUAGAUUGCGACUGACAACAUCACAUCAACGGCGUUAUAUUCCCCCACAUUUGCGCUCUGUCCAUUGUAUCCCGAAUUGCUCGCUGGGAAGUGCAGGGCAAUUGUACUUACCGUCCACACAUAUACUCCACGAGGCAAUGCGAUAGCCCUAUAAACACCGAAACCCCACCUGCACCGUCAAUAACCUUCCCGCCGCAACCAUGCUCUUCUUCAGUUUCUUCAAGACUCUCACAAACCAGACCGUGAUUAUCGAGCUCAAAAAUGACAUUCGCAUCCGCGGGAUACUGAAAUCCGUCGACCAAUACCUCAACAUCAAGCUCGACGAUGUGGACGUCCUGGACCUGGACAAGUACCCUCACCUGUCGUCCGUGAAGAACAUGUUUAUCCGUGGUAGCGUGGUUCGCUACGUUGUCCUGCCCCGGUCGGAAGUGGAUGUCGGUUUGCUGGAGGAUGCCACAAGACGAGAGGCAGCCAACCAAGCCGGAAAAGCCCGGUGAUCGAAGUAAUCCGAAAUACAAAAAGAGAAGAAAAACCGACCAUUCUAGUUUAAUCCCUUUACGAUGCGACGUCGCUACUGCGUGCUCCCCGGAAC